UUUAUUUGAGAGAAUUAUAUUCACUCUUUCUUGUCGAAGCUUAUCCCUUGAGUUAUCAUUAGCCAUGGCGUCGUCACUACUCUUAGCAUCACCUUCUCCACUUUCCACUCAAUUGCACACUUCCACCUCUCACCUUUCCUUCUCUCACUCCCAAACUCUCUUCUCACCACUCUCCACUCCCUUCCUUUCCCUCUCAGCCUCUCCAACCCCUUCUGUGUACUGUGGCAGAGGGGACAGGAAAACCGCAAAGGGGAAACGCUUCGCCCAUUCGUUUGGGAAUGCGAGGCCAAAGGACAAGAAGAAGGGUAGAGGGCCGCCGAGGAUUUAUGCUCCACCGACACCUUCCAAGAAGGACAGGUUCGAAGAUAAUGAGGUUGUGAAGAUUGAAAUUGACGAGUCCCUCUUUUCUGGCUGAUUUUACUUGGUCUUUCAUGGUUUAGUUGUUGAUAUAUGAUUCCGUUGUGACAUACACAAUUCGGAUUUGGAUAAUGUUACAUCAGAUUUUGUAUUCAUAUCCUUGACUGAAGGCAACUCUUUUGUUUCUCUCGUUUUUCUGCUCUAGACUUUUGGACAUGGGGAUUCGAAAGAAUCGUAAUUUGUAAUUUUAAAAACUAAAAUAAAGGGUGCUUUUUUUGUUACGGUCUGUGCUUCA